AUGCGAAAGUUGGAAUGGGACGACAUGGGAGUGAAGGUUGAUGGUCGGCAGCUGCACCAUUUGCGCUUUGCUGAUGACAUCGUACUGAUAACACCUAGCAUCAGCCAAGCGGAACGAAUGCUGACCGAAUUCGACGAAACAUGUGGAUGCAUCGGUCUUCAGCUGAAUCUACAAAAGGCGAUGUUCAUGCGGAACGAAUGGGUCUCGGAUGCCCCAUACACGCUCAAAGGAACGAACAUAUCCGAAUCCACCAGCUACGUUUAUCUGGGUCGGGAACUGAACAUGAUGAACGACCUGACCCAAGAGCUGGGCAGGAGGAGACGAGCGGCUUGGGGAGCGUACAAGAGCAUCGAGGAUGUAGUGAAGAAGACCAGGAACACCCGGCUCCGUGCUCACCUCUUCAACACCACCGUACUUCCUGCUUUGACCUAUGCUUCGGAAACCCGGGCAUUUCGCAAGCAGGAAGAAAGCGCGGUGAGCGUCAUUGAACGCGCAAUUGAGAGAGUGAUGCUAGGAGUAUCCCGUUUCACGCAAGUGAGGGACGGGAUUCGAAGUUCUCUCCUACGUCAACGAUCGAAGAUUAGAGACGCCCCCGCGUUUGCCAAGGAAAGUAAAAUAAGGUGGCCCGGACACGUGAUGCGCUUUAAUGACAACCGUUGGACCAGAGCCGUGAGCGACUGGGUUCCCCGCGAUAUUAAGCGCACAACAGGAAGACCGCCGACCCGAUGGUCAGAUUUCUUCGCGAAGUCCUUUAAAGAAAAUUAUGAUGCUCUUCGUGUCCCAUGCGAAAGGAGGAACCACUGGGCUACUCUGGCACGCUAUCGGGACAAAUGGAAGAAUUACUGGCGCCCGCUCGACCAGUUCGAAGAUCAACAGGAGUCAAGGUGA